AUGUGGAAUCAUCUGAGGGACGUCUUCAUCGUGGCACUGCUGCUUCCUCUCAGUGCCAUAGCGUCCCCAGUCCCGGCCCAAAAUUGGCCCGCUUCUUCCGACUUCGAGGUCAUUGUCAUCGGGGGCGGUCCAGCUGGAUUGAGCGCCUUGAGCGGUCUCGCCCGUGUGCGAAGAAGAGCAUUACUCAUCGACUCCGGCGAGUAUCGCAAUGGUCUAACUAGACAUGCACACGACAUUAUCGGCCUCGAUGGUUUGUCUACCCGCUACCCGUGGCUAGAGAAGAUCUUACUAAUCUCGGGAACUUUCCUCCCCUCAGGUGUAACCCCAGCAUAUCUGCGUGCAAAGGCGCGCGAACAGAUCUCGCGAUACCCAACUGUAUCCAUGCAGAAUGGGACUGUUGUGGAUAUCAACGUGGUCAAUGGCACAAGCUUCACGAUCACCGACGACUCGGGUCAUGUGUACACAAGUCAGAAAGUCGUCCUUGCGACAGGUAUCAAGGACCUAGUCCCAUCGACGCCGGGCUUACUGGAAAACUGGUCCAAGGGUAUCUUCUGGUGCCCUUGGUGUGAUGGGUAUGAGCACCGUGACCAGCCCAUGGGUCUGCUUUCCACUAUCGACAAAAUCCCCGGAAUGGUGGAGGAGAUCAGAACCCUUAACACCGACCUCAUCGCUUUUGUCAACGGAUCCAUGACCACGGAUGCCAUUCGGACACUAAACGGAACGGUACCAGAGUGGCAGAAAAUGCUCGCAACGUACAACGUGCAGGUUGACAACCGGACGAUCACCUCCAUCGAGCGCAUCCAGGACGGUGCUGUUGUAGCAUCCGAUGUCGAUAUGGCUGAGUACGACAAAUUCAUGAUUCACCUGGACGAUGGCACGGCCGUGGAACGCGGGGCUUGUUUCACCUCUUUCCCGUCAACUCAACGAUCAGGGCUCGGCGCCAGUCUCGGCGUCACAAUGGUCCAGGAAAAAUUGUACUCUAACAUGACACUGGGGAUGCGCACGAAUAUCUCCGGUGUGUAUGCCGUGGGAGAUGCGAACUCGGACGGGAGCACGAACGUUCCGCACGCGAUGUGGAGUGGGAAGAGGGCGGCGGUCGAUAUUCACAGUGAGUCUCCUUUCCAACCACCUUCAGAAUAUUUUAUGGGUGCGAGUGAGGAACUGACCGGACGCGCUACAGUAACCAUGGGCAAAGCUGAGGCUGCUGCUGCCGUUGCAGGGUCGAAGUCGAAGAGGGCGUUUGAUGUUGAGGAUGAAGAGUCUUUGUUGGCGUUGAUAGGGCGAGAUCUUGAAGAUCUGUGGUCUGCUAAGUAG